AUGGUGAUCCAGGGCAAAUCCAAACCAAAACCUCCUGAACGGCCCCCUCCCACCUCCCGUAUAACCAAAAUCACCUCCCUCCAACGAUUCCCAGAUAAAGAAUACGCUGCUACAAUCCUUCACGAUGUAGCCAAAGCCGUAGCACCGUUGAUGCACGAGAAUAACUUCAAGGUGGGAGUGCUUUGUGAAAUGUUCCCCAAGAAUGCCAAUCUCCUUGGGCUCAAUGUCAACAAGGGACAGAAGAUAAUGCUACGCCUACGGUACCAUUCCAAUGACAGGAGUUUCCUCCCCAUGACCGACAUCAUAGGGACGAUGUUACAUGAACUUACUCAUAAUUUAGUGGGGCCGCACAACGCGGACUUCUACCGCCAUCUCGACCGACUUCAGGACAGAUUUGACCAGGUGCGGUACCAACCAGAUCUCGUUAAAGGGUACGUCUGUGAAGAGAAUAAGUUGGGAGGAAGACGGUUGAACGUUAGGGAGCAACGGGUGAAGGCCGUGACGAAGUUUAAGAGUGAACGACGGAAAUUGGGGGGCGAAAAGAAGGAUAAGUUGAUUCUGGAAUUGGUACGAGAAGCAGCUGAACGGAGAUGGAAGGAUAGUGUGUGGUGUGGAGGAGUUGUGGAUUUGACGGGUGAUUUGGAGGUGGAGACUGAGACGGUGGGAGAUUUGGGGGUCGAGAAGGGGGAGACCGAGUUGGUGGGGGAUUUAGGGGUCGAGACUGUGGAUGUGGAGGACUUGGAGGCAGUGGAGGAGUCAGCACAGGGCCAAACUGAAGGUAAGGAUAAGGAAAUCAUAGUGAUAGAUUAA